GAGUAUGAAAAAUAUUUACUCGAGUCAUAUAAGUAUGUUUCAAUGGCAUUAAAAAAAAUAUGGACCUUACGUGCAUUUGAUGAAAAGCUGUAAUAGGAUUUAUCGGUCGUUCAAUUCAUACCGAAAUAAAUUACAUUCGACAUCACCCACCCGUUAUAAACUCAUAAAAUACGGACGCUACUUCAAUUUGAAGUAGAAUUGAAAGUUGAAAUGAAGUAAAUCUAUAGACGAUUAUAUUUACUAACAUUUAAAGAGGAAUUGAAAGUAAACAUAGUUUUAAUAAACAUUAGAAUCAAUGGACAUAGCAACCGUGAGGUUUACAGUAUCAUCAUUUUGUGCUUCAAUCAUAUUGAUUAAGAGUGCACUCAGAUAAGUUGUGUAUCAACUUACCUUUUAUAUUAGCUUUACUUAUAUUGGAUAUAUCAAACUAAAUAUUUAAUUCUUUUGCAAUAAUAAAGAAAAGGGACAAAAAUGUCAAAUAGCCCGCCUGGUUCCCCUCGCAGACCUAGCGAAAUAUCGUCACUACGAGGAGCAGAGCCAAAACGCAAACCAAGAGGGAAACCAAAACGUGCCGAUAGCCCGGAUAAAACGCUUCCAUUUUUUGAACAAGAUCAAUUUAGUGAUGUCAAUAUCGUGGUUGGGGACAAGAUCCUGUAUUCAAAUCAAUGUUUACUAUCGUUCAACUCUACAGAGUUCAUGAAGCUUCUAGGAGGAGACAACAAUGCCGGUAAAGGGAAAACUAAAACAGCCGGUACAAAAUCCCUAGAUCUUUCCAAACACCCGUUUAAGGACGUGGUUGAUCUAAUGUGUGUUAUUGACCCCCGAGUGCCAUAUGAUCUUACAGACGAUGCUGCCAUUCGUUUACUACCUCUAGCUGAAGAGUAUGAUAUUGCCCCUGUCAAAAAAUCCUGUUCCUGGACAGUGACCGAGUCAUUCUUCAAGAAGAAGAAAGGUCGACGUGCAGGCCAUAUUCCCAGCAGUGAAACUAUCCGAUACCUGUGCCUUGCCGACAAAUACAAAAUGAAAGACCUUCAAGAAAUGUGCUGUGAUGAACUGGUGGCUAACGACGAUCCAACAAUUAGUAGGUCUAUUGUAAAUGAGGGAGAUCUAUCCGAGUGUACGAAACGUCAAGUUAUGGAGAAGAAGUUUGAAAAAGUAAGUUUAGCGCUUGCUCGUGAGCGAAGAAAGAACACAGAGAAGGAACAACCUAAAGAUACUCGAGGUAGCCACAUAUGGAAGAAAUAGAGAUAGAAUGUACAUGCACAUAGUAUUGCAUGCUAAACUCGCGUACCCGUGUCUUAAGAUUGGAACAACAAUCGCUAGCAAAUUUACAGUUUACUUUCUAUUAAUUGAACAUGUUUAUUUCCCAAAGGAAAGCAUAAUAUUUAUAAACUAGAAACGGCAUAUAGACGUAUUUGUAGUUUGUGCAAAUUUAAUGGUUGUGGAAGUACUCUGGGCGUUUUGGAGAAGGUAUAUUAAUAUCUUUUAAUUGCCUUUUGAGCAGAUGUCAGCAAGGAUUUUCUUGAAUAGGCCAGGUUUUUCUUAACAUCUUUUUUUUUUUUUAUCUAAAUCAGAUUCACAUUAGUAAGUCUUUUUAAAGGUAUCAUAUACAUGUAUUUUAGAUUACACUAAUACAGUUUUAUUUUUAUACAUCAAUGUUAUUAAUGACAGGUUUUACAAUGGAGACGUCAAACAAUGUAACUUACUCUAUAAAUUUAUUUUCAAUAGUUACAGUACAAAACAUGACACAUGCCUUAUACAAAAAUAAUUUUUUAAUCAUUAUAUACAAUGACAAGUAAUAUAUAAUAUAAAACACGUUUGAUUGCUUUUCGUCAUCACUGUGCAUGGAUUAAAUCACAUAUAAUAUAUAUGAGCCGUGCCAUGACAAAGCCAACAUAGUGCGGAUGCGCAGGCUGGUCUGGAUCCAUGCUGUCAAUUUAUAAAUCACGUCUGUUGAUACAGAGAAAAGUGUUUUACUUGAUAUACUAGUUUAAACAAAAUCGUAAUAAAAUAUUUGUACAAAAAUGAUUUAGUAUUUUGAUAUAAAUUUCUUCACAGGACAGAUGGACUGUUGUUUCUUGUUAUAAGGAUGAACUACAUGUAUAUCACACUGACAAAUGUGAAUUGGUCCGUAAUGGAAGGUCUUUUAUACCACAAAUAAUUAUAUUGAUAUUAUUAAGUAUCAUAUGAAAACAAAUAACGAAAUAAUUAUAUAUGGAUGUUGUCGUACAUGAUCAAAUAUUACAUAUUUAAGUACAUCAUAUAAUAAAAUAUUCUAUAGCAAAAUAUUAUUUUAAUAUUCGUCAUAUAAAUGUUCAUGCUAAAUUACUUAGAACUUUUUUCACCAAAGAAAUAUUUUAUAAAAUAUAACAAAUGAAUGAUAGACUUCUAUUGUUUUCAAUCAAUUUUUGAAAUACUUGUAGAAAAUAUACCCAUUGUAGACCAAUCCACUAAAACAUUGUAGUGCACCUUAAAUUUACUAUUUUGAUACAUUUUUAUACAACAUACAAAGAACAUAGGUUUUAUAUUCAUAACGUUCAAUUUGAUAACGUUUACAAAUAUCUUAUACAUUAUUGUAGCGUUAUACUGGUUUUCACUGCAUUUUGUCUUUAUAGCAUAUUUGCAAGAUGUGACAGGUAUCUUGAAUGAAACCAUACAUUUACCAUAGUUAAAAUGGUUUCCUUUUUUGCCAUGGGCAGAUAUUUAAAGACCGAAAUAACCAUUUAAAAUAACUGCACUUGAAUUUCUUCUUAUAGAAACAUCUAUAUGGUAUUUGAAAAAAAAUAAAGUAAUGCUUUUCUUAUUCUUAUAGUAAUAUAUGUAUUAGAUUAGGUCAGACAGACUACCAACAAUUUAUAAUAUCAUAAUUAAAAGUAACAUAUCUUAGUUAUAAAUAAAAAAGAGAAGAAAAACAA